GCAGCUUAUUGAUUGCUGAAUAAAUGACUGAUCCAUCCAGUAAUCGACUCUGAUAAUCCUCCAAAAGGAACUGAUGACCCUCAAUGAUGUGGCUGGGGACUUCUGGGAAGAGUGGGUUACCUGGACACUGCUUAGAGAACCCUCUUCAGGGAUGCCACCCAGCACAGUUAGAAGAAUGGGCCCUCAAAGGAAUUUCUAGACCUAGUGUAGUCUCCCAGCUGGAGCAGAAAGAAGAGGCAUGGGUUCUACCACUCCAAAACUCUGAGGCGAGGAGGAUCCUGAGGGAAAGCCACACAGGCUUUGAGCAUCAGGUGGCAAAGCUCAAUCAGGACAUUUCUGAAACAGCAGAACAAUAUGGAACAUCCUCAGAAAGGACCAAUAAAGACUCUCAUAGUCUUGGUUGGGGAGGAAACUGGGAGAGAGGCCUAGAAUUAGAAGAGCAACAUGGAACCCUUCCAGGAGAGGGCCAGCUGGAGCCCUUUUCACAGGAGAGGGAUUUAAACAAGCUCCUGGAUGGAUAUGUAGGACAGAAGCCCAUGUGUGGAGAAUGCGGGAAAAGCUUUAACCAGAGUUCCUAUCUCAUAAGACACCUAAGAACCCAUACUGGCGAGAGGCCCUAUAAAUGCACAGAGUGUGGGAAAGGCUUCAAACAGAGCUCAGACCUUGUCACCCAUCGCAGAACACAUACAGGAGAGAAGCCUUACCAAUGCAAGGGGUGUGAGAAAAAGUUCAGCGACAGCUCAACACUCAUCAAACAUCAGAGAACCCACACAGGGGAGAGACCCUACCAGUGCGCAGAGUGUGGGAAGACUUUUGGGAGGAGGCCACAUCUCGUAAUGCACCAACGAAUCCACACAGGUGAGAAGCCCUACACAUGCCUGGAAUGUCACAAAAGCUUCAGUCGAAGUUCAAAUUUUAUCACCCACCAGAGGACCCACACAGGCGUGAAGCCAUACAGCUGUAAUGACUGUGGGGAGAGUUUUAGCCAGAGCUCAGAUUUGAUUAAGCACCAACGAACCCACACGGGAGAACGGCCCUUCCAAUGCCCGGAGUGCAGGAAGGGCUUCAGAGAUAGUUCUCAUUUUGUAGCUCACAUGAGUACUCAUUCAGGAGAAAGGCCUUUCAGUUGUCCCGACUGCCAUAAAAGCUUCAGUCAGAGCUCACAUUUGGUCACGCAUCAGAGAACACACACAGGUGAGAGACCUUUUAAGUGUGAAAACUGUGGAAAAGGAUUUGCUGACAGCUCUGCCCUCAUUAAGCAUCAACGAAUCCACACAGGAGAAAGACCCUACAAAUGUGGAGAGUGUGGGAAGAGCUUCAAUCAGAGCUCCCACUUUAUCACCCAUCAGCGAAUUCACUUAGGAGACAGGCCCUACCCAUGUCCUGAGUGUGGCAAGACCUUCAAUCAGCGUUCCCAUUUCCUCACACACCAGAGAACGCACACAGGAGAAAAACCUUUCCACUGUAGUAAAUGUGACAAGAGCUUCCGUCAGAAAGCACAUCUUUUAUGCCAUCAAAACACCCAUUUGAUUUAGGACAUAGUCUUCAGUGGUUCUGCUGCUCCCUUGCAAAUUUUCACUGCUUCUGUCUUUGAGCACCCCACAUAGAGAAAACCUGGUCAUCAGCCGCUCACUUUGGGCCCUGAUCUAUUCUCCCUCUUUCUUUUCUAUGUUAUAACAGAGAGGAUAAACUUAGAGUCCAAAUAACGGUCUGA